GGGGCGCAGCUGCGUGAGGCGGGUCGUGCUGUCGCCCUUCCCCCAAGUUUGUGCUUGGAAGGGCCGCGGGGAGCCCUGGAGCUUUCCGCACCGCAUCGCACUGCACCGGGAGCGGGAGUGCUUGCUCUCCUGCCCAGGAACCUGGUGAGCCGGCUUGGGCCAGCAGAUCUCCCUCUCCGCAGCAGCCCGGUAGGCGCGGAUGUGACAGGCCCCCCGAGCCUCACCCAGUUGUCCAGAGGCCAGCCUUCGCCGCAGCGGGCACCAUGCUGUCCCCUCAGCGGGCUUUGCUGUGCAACCUCAACCACAUCCACCUCCAGCACGUCUCCCUGGGCCUGCACCUGUCCCGCCGGCCGGAGCUCCGGGAAGGAGCCCCCCUGAGCACCUCCCCGCCUCCAGGGGACACCGGGGGCAAGGAGAGCCGAGGCCCGUGCGGCGGGGCCCUGGUGGACGCCAAUUCCAACAGCCCCGCCGUGCCCUGCCGAUGCUGCCGGGACCACGGGCCGGCUCUGGAGAACCGGCCCCAGCAGGAGGAGGAGGAGGACGAGGGAGAAGAGGAAGAGGACGAGGGGCCGGCUUCCCCCUCCGACCCGGGCUGCUCCUCCUCUCUCAGCUCCUGCUCGGACCUCAGCCCCGACGAGUCCCCCGUGUCCGUCUACUCGAGGGACCACCUCCUCCGGGCACAGCCUGCCCAGCCCGGCGAGCGUUCGGGCUCUCGGCCGGCUCCUGCUGAGGGUCCCGGGGCCUGCUCCCCGGAUAGCUUCUGCUGCUCCCCGGAUUCCUGCUCCGGAGCAUCGACGCCGCCUGGGCCCGGCCUGGACUCCAACUGCAACGCUCUCCCCACCUGCCGUCAGGAUGUCUCUUCCCCGGGGGUGGAAGAAGAGGAGGACGGGAGCGAGCCCCCGGAGGAGGCCGAGGACGGGAGAGGGGACCCCGGCAGGGCCGAACCCAGCUGGAACAUCAACCCCAUCUGGAGAAGCGACGCCCAGAAGAGCAUCGAAGCGGAUUGGCGCACCCAGGAGAACAAUAACUCGGCCUGGACCGGCCGCCGGGGCGUGACUUCCAGCACCGGGCCGACCGAAGCCGGCCAAGGCGGCCGGGCAGACGCGGCCUCGGACCCCAAAUCGGGGUGCAAGAGCGACGUCCGCUCGGAGCCGGGCCCCCAGAGGACCAUCACGUCCUUCCACGAGCUGGCCCAGAAGCGCAAGCGGGGUUCGGGGCUGCCUGUCGUGCCGCAGGCCAAGAAGGACCGCAGCGACUGGCUCAUCGUCUUCUCGCCCGACUCGGAGCUGCCCCCCGUCGCCAGCGCCGGCUCUCUGGGCGGACCCCGAGAAGUCACCACCUUCAAGGAGCUCCGCACGCGCAGCCGCGCCCCGCAGCCGCCGCCGCCGCCGCCGCUGCCGCCCCGGGAGCCCCCCGCGGGCUGGGCCCUCGUCCCGCCCCGGCCGCCGCCGCCUCCCGUGCCGCCCCGGAGGAAGAAGAACCGAGCCGGGCUGCAGCCCAUCGCCGAGGCCGAGGCGCCGCCUCCCGAUCACGGCCGGCCCGGGAGCCCUGCGCCCGCGAAGGAAGCCAGCGACGCCGCCGGCGCCCGGGAGCCCUGCGAGCCCGGCGCACAGGCCCGCCUGCAGGUCCGCAGUUCCUGGUCGUUUGCCGGCGUCCCCGGGGCCCAGCGGCUGUGGAUGGCAGAAGCCCGGAAAGGGACAGGCCAGCUGCAGGAGCAGAAGAAAGGUCUUCUGAUUGCCGUCAGCUCUUCCGUGGAUAAAAUCAUCUCUCACUUUGGGGCCGCCAGGAACUUGGUUCAGAAGGCGCAGUUGGGGGACAGCAGGCUGAGCCCCGACGUCGGCCACCUGGUGCUCACCACCCUGUGCCCGGCCCUGCAUGCCCUAGUUGCUGACGGGCUCAAGCCUUUCCGCAAAGACCUCAUCACCGGACAGCGCCGGAGCAGCCCCUGGAGCGUGGUGGAGGCUUCAGUGAAGCCAGGCAGCGGCCCCCAGGCCCUGGGAACCUUGUACAGCCAGGUCAGCCGCCUGGGCCCCCUAAGCAGCAGCCGCAGUCGCUUCCACGCCUUCAUCUUGGGCCUGCUCAACACGAAGCAGUUGGAACUGUGGUUUUCCAGCCUCCAGGAAGAUGCAGGCUUGCUGUCCCUCCUCUACCUACCUACCAGUUUCUUCUCUCUGGCACGGGCCAGCUGCCCUGCCUUGUUCACGGAGCUAUUGCUCCUGCUGCAGCCCCUCUCUGUGCUCACCUUCCAUCUGGACCUGCUCUUCGAACACCACCACCACCUCCCACUGGGCCCACCACAGGCCCCCACCUCGCCUGGCUCCCCCCCUGCCCUACAGCAGACCAUGCAAGCCAUGCUGCACUGGGGGGGUCGGCUGGCUCAGAGCCUCCGGGGUGCCUCGGGGGAGACCCCACCUGGCCCUUCGGCACCCUCAGGGUCACCUGCACCUGGCAGCUGGUGGGAGCAGCUGACCCAGGCCUCCAGGGUCUAUGCCUCUGGGGGCACUGAGGGCUUCCGGCUUCCCCGAUGGGGGUGCAGGCAACCUCGGCCAGCAGCUGAGGGUGCCCAAGAGAGGUCCCAGCCCACAGAGGAGGCAACCUUGGGCAAAGGUCUCUGGCUGGGGAGACUCUUUGGAGUGCCAGGGGGACUCGCAGAAGCUGAGAGUGGAUCCCUAAAGUCCAGGAGACCCUCCAGCUGGUUGUCUCCGACAGUGAACGUGCUGGCUCUGGUGAAGCGGGGGAUACCUCCUGAGACUCCCAGCCUUCCUGAGGAGUUUGAGACCCCCUCCCCUGGCACAGCGCAGAUGCACAGUGCGGGGCUCACGCACAGAGCAGUCCGGGCACUCUGUGACCACACCGCGGCAGGACCCAACCAGCUGAGCUUCCGGCGUGGGGAAGUGCUUCAGAUCAUCGGCACCGUGGAUGAGGACUGGCUCCACUGUGGGCACAACGGUGUGGAGGGGCUGGUGCCUGUGGGGUACACCUCCCUGGUUCUCUAGGACAAGGAAUUCUUCCUAUCUUGCCUAGUUUCUCCUUCCUGUUGCUUGGGAACAAAUAGCCCCCAAGCACUCACUGUGUAAACAGAUCAUCCCAGAAGCCACACCUCUGCCAAAGGACAUUCUCCCGUGUUCAUCUCUGCUAAUCAUGUAAAAGAAACUUUGUCAUUGCUCACGUGUCCACGGGCAAGGUGAAUCUGCUCUUCUUUCAAACAUAGAAAAAGGAAUUCCCUCUAUGCAGUUGCUUUCCUCUUUCCCAUCUAUUGUAGAAGGGAAUGUCUCCUUUGCAAAAUGGGAGUGUAGCACACUUCCGCCCUCCUCACCAAGGUGAGUGGGCUCUGCCAGUACAGUAUAACUCUGUUUCCAGCACUACAAAGGCCUCUAUUCUCCUGUAAGGAAUUUUCCCACCACCCUAUCCCAUAUUGCCUGUAUGUAUCAUGUAUGAGGUACUCACUGGUGCUGAGGUCUGGACACCCCUGGAGGGUGGGCCUAUGGUGUUGGUCUGCCUCCUUCCUUUUGUCUCAAUAAAGUGUGGGAGUUGA